AACAACAUUGAUAUAAACCGCAGCAAAACCAAACAUCUUUAAUUUAUUUCCCCAUUGAAAAUUUGAGGUCAUAAAAACGAAGAAGAGAAUAAUCUUCAAUAUUGCUAGUUGCAGUUCAUAUAUUCUUCAAAAUAUAACACUUGUUUGUUGUGAUAUCAAUUGUGUAUACGUCAUAAGAAUGGAAGAAAGAUAUGAAACUAUUAAAGAUAUUGGGUCAGGAAAUUUUGGAGUAGCGAAACUUGUGAGGGAGAGACAAAGUGGUAAACUAUAUGCUAUCAAAAUCAUUGAGAGAGGCCUCAAGAUUGAUGAACAUGUGCAAAGAGAGAUUAUCAAUCAUAGGUCCUUGAAGCAUCCCAAUAUCGUUAGAUUUAAAGAGGUUCUUUGUACUCCGCUUCAUCUAGUUAUAGUAAUGGAGUAUGCUGCAGGAGGAGAAUUAUUUGAAAAAAUAUGCAGUGCGGGCAGAUUCGACGAAGACGAGGCAAGAUAUUUCUUUCGGCAGUUGAUUUCUGGAGUCAGCUAUUGUCAUUCAAUGGAAAUUUGCCAUAGAGAUCUUAAGCUAGAAAAUACACUUUUAGAUGGAAGCUCUUCACCUCAACUCAAAAUAUGUGACUUUGGUUAUUCUAAGUCGUCUGUUCUGCAUUCUCAGCCUAAAUCAACGGUUGGAACUCCGGCGUAUAUUGCACCGGAGGUUUUGUCAAGAAGAGAAUAUGAUGGAAAGGUUGCUGAUGUUUGGUCUUGUGGGGUUACAUUGUAUGUGAUGCUAGUUGGUGGUUAUCCUUUUGAAGAUCCAGAUGAUCCAAGAAAUUUUAGAAAAACAAUUGAGCGAAUUCUUAAAGUCCAUUAUUCUAUUCCGGACUAUGUUCGUGUCUCAAAAGAUUGUAGAAAUCUUCUAUCUCAAAUAUUCGUAGCGAAUCCUGAGAAGAGAAUCACUAUCCCAGAAAUUAAAGUGCAUCCUUGGUUCCUUAAUAAAUUGCCAAUGGAAUUUGUGGAGGAUGAAAAAAAUAAGUUAGAAAAUGAUGUGAAUUGUGUGGAUGAUUCUUCAUCUCAGAGUAUUGAGGAAAUAUCGUCGAUAAUUCAAGAGGCAAGAAAGCCAGGUGAAGGACCAAAACUUGAUGGACAAUUUGUUGGAGGAGAAAUGGAGUUUGAUGAAAUGGAUGAAGAUGAUGAUUUUGAUAAUGAUAUAGAAACAAGUGAUGAUUUUGAUUAUGUUUGUGAGAUGUGAGUGAAAGAGUGUUAGAUUUCUUUUGUGUUUUGAAGAAUUGUGCUUAAGCAUUAAUUAAUAGGCUUAAGAUAAGAAUUUGUCUUAAUCUCUUUGCCUAAAGUUUGAAUAAAGAGAUGUCACGGUUUUUUUGCUUAUGAUAUAUGCUUGUCUUAUUAUUUGGGUUUUGUAACAAAAUAAUGACAAAUAUGAAAUGUGACUAGUUUCUGAUGUGAA